CGAUUAAUUUUCUCAUAGAAACGGGUACACUACUGCACUUCCCAGACACAAGCCAUGGCCUCCGAAACCUCUACUUCCUUGACCCCGUCUGGCUCUCGGAGUGUCUACAGAGAAUUUUCAACAUCAAGAGCUCCAAGUCUGUAGCUAAGAACGGAGUCAUCAGAGCAGAGGAUCUCCGGAUGCUGCUGGUUGGGACGGGCUUCACUGAGCAAACUGAAGAGCAGUACUUCCAGUUCUUGGCCAAGUUUGAAAUUGCACUGCCUGUGGCCAACAACAGCUACCUCCUCCCUCAUCUGCUUCCUACCAAGCCAGCAUUAGAUAUCCACGGGCUCUGCCACCAGACCACAAACACAGUCCAAAGGGUCUUCAAGAUGAGUUUUGUCCCAGUUGGCUUUUGGCAGAGAUUCAUAGCCCGAAUGUUAAUUAGCCUGGCAGAGAUGGACCUCCAGCUUUUUGAAAACAAGAAGAACACCAAAACGAGAAACAAAAAGGUGACCAUCUACAGCUUCACAGGCACCCAAAGGAACCGCUGCAGCACGUUCCGAGUCAAAAGGACUCACACUGUUUACUGGCAGGAAGGUCUGUUCGUUACCUUUGAUGGAGGCUAUCUUAGUGUCGAGUCUUCUGAUGUGAACUGGAAAAAGAAAAAAAGUGGUGGAAUUAAAAUCAUUUGCCAGUCAGAAGUCAGAGACUUCUCAGCGAUGGCGUUCAUCACAGAUCAUGUCAACUCUUUGAUAGACCAGUGGUUUCCUGCGCUCACAGCCACGGAGAGCGAUGGCACGUUGCUGAUGGAGCAGUAUGUGCCCUGCCACAUCUGCGCAGCUUCCAAGUCAGAGGAGAACGAGCGCGGCGAGAAGGUGGAGGACGCGCAGUACUUUAACAUGGAGGACUGUGUCCUGACUGCCAUUGAACUGGACUACAUCACAUGUCCUAACCACCCCAGCAUCCCCGUUUCUCUCCAAGAGCUGGUCCCAGAGCUUUUCAUGACUGAUUUUCCUGCCAGACUGUUCCUGGAAAAUAGCAAACUGGAAUGCAGUGAAAAUGAAAACAACGUUCUUGGCCAGGGUGGAAGUGGGACCGUUAUAUAUCGGGCACGAUACCAAGGAAAACCAGUUGCUGUGAAGAGAUUUCAGAUUAAAAAAUGCAAGGGUUCUCCCACUUCAGCUGCAGAUACCAUGCUGAAACACCUGAGGGCCAUGGACGCCAUGAAGAACUUCUCCGAGUUCCGCCAGGAGGCCAGCAUGCUCCACUCGCUGCAGCACCCCUGCAUCGUCUCCCUCAUCGGCAUCAGCAUCCAUCCUCUCUGCUUCGCCCUAGAGCUGGCCCCGCUGGGCAGCCUCACCACUGUGUUGUCUGAAAACUCCAAAGGCUCUUCCUUCGUGCCGCUGGGACACAUGCUGACACACAAAAUAGCGUAUCAGAUCGUAACUGGCCUUGCCUACCUGCAUAAGAAGAACAUCAUCUUCUGCGACCUGAAAUCGGACAACAUUCUGGUGUGGUCCCUGGACGUCAAAGAGCACGUCAACAUCAAACUCUCCGACUACGGAAUCUCCCGGCAGUCAUUCCACGAGGGCGCGCUUGGCGUGGAAGGCACGCCGGGCUACCAAGCUCCUGAGAUCCGGCCUCGCAUAGUCUAUGAUGAGAAGGUCGACAUGUUCUCCUAUGGGAUGGUCCUGUACGAGCUGCUGUCUGGGCAGCGGCCUGUGCUGGGGCAGCACCAGCUCCAGAUCGCCAAGAAGCUGUCUAAAGGGAUCCGUCCUGUUCUGGGGCAGCCAGAAGAGGUGCAGCUCUAUAGGAUGCAGGCGCUCAUGAUGGAGUGUUGGGACACUAAGCCAGAAAAGCGUCCACUGGCCAUUUCUGUGGUAGGACAGAUGAAAGAUCCUACCUUUGCAACGUUUAUGUACCUGCUACCCUGCAGGAAGCAGUCUUCCUUUUUCUCCUCCCAAGGGCAGGAGUACACUGUGGUGUUCUGGGAUGGGAAGGAAGACACCAGAAACUACACGGUGGUGAAUCCAGAGAAAGGAGUCAUAGAAGUGGAGAGGAUGAGCUGCCCGGGAAUGAAGCUGUGCUGCCAGCUAAAAUUUCAGAAUGCCCUCUGGGCCGCCACGGAGGACCAGAAGAUUUCUGUGUAUGGAUUGCAGGGCAUGUGUCCUCUGAAGACUCCACAGAAGAGUUUAGACACUCCUGCCACUGUGAGCUGCUUUCUAGUAAUGCCCGUUGUCAAAAAGAACUCGUAUGUGGUGCUGGCCGGCUUGUCGGAUGGACUCGUAGCGGUGUUUUCAGUGUCCCAGGGCAUCCCAGGGGACAACUGCUCCUACCUGUGCUCCCACACGGCAAACAGGUCCAAAUUCAACAUUUCCGACGAUGACCCCCGGCAGAACCCGUACCCCGUGAAGGCCAUGGAGAUCACCAACAGCGGCACCGAGGUCUGGUACAGCAACGGCCCCGGCAUCCUCAUCAUCGACUGCGUCGCCAUGGAGAUCAGCCGGAGGCUGGAGCCCUUCAGCGCGCCCUCGCUGAUCACGUCCAUCGCCUGCAACUCCGAGUGCCACGGGGAGGAGGUGGUGUGGUGCCUGGACGAUAAAAGCAACUUCCUGGUGAUGUAUCACGUCGCCACCUACCAGCUGUGCGCUCGCUACUUCUGCGGAGACUGCAGCCCCCUCCGAGACAUGUUUACAAUCCAGCAGCCCUCGGCAGCCAUCCCGGCGACGGCGCCGAUCAAAAACCAAGCGGUGGAGAACAACCCGCUGGCGGACAUGAGCAUCAUGUACAGCCCGGAGGUUGGCACCCAGAUACUGAACCACCAGGACUCGCUCACAGAUUAUUGUUCUGUGUCUUCCUAUUCCUCCUCGCCUCCUAACAGGAUAACCCCGUGCCCCUCCAGCCUACCCAGCUCGCCCAUGAGCUCUUCCAGUGCGCCGCUCUCCACAGAUUUCGAAGAGUCGGACAGAUUUCAUGAGCUGAAGCCUUCCCCGGAUGAUGAUGCUGUGCCUGUGGGUGACAACACAGAGCAUCUCCAAGCUGUCAAGAUUCUUCCAGUAAAAGACCUCAUAUGGAUCCCCAGGAGAGGAGGGGAUAUCAUCGUUAUCGGACUGGAGAAGGAAUCUGGCACCCAGCGGGGCAGAGUGAUCGCUGUGCUGAAGGCUGGGGAGCUGGCUCCCUUUGGGGCACUGGUGGAUGCUGCUCUCAUAGCAAAGGACACAGUUGUGUGCUGCUUCCAGAAUGAAAACACGGAGUGGUGCCUGGCUGUCUGGAGGGGCUGGAGCUCCAGAGACUUUGACGUUUUCUACCAGGCCUACGAAGAGCUGGGAAGGCUUGAAACCUGCAUGCGGAAGAGGAGGUAGUGCUGGCGCUGG